ACAAACAGUUCAUUUUGAAGGGUCCAAACAUGCGAGUCGAAGAGGCCCGGGAGGAAACGAAGAUUUGAGAGCAGCCACCUUUAAAGAUGAAAUAAUGCUAACCGAGGAGUUUCUUUUUUGUGUAUAUGCUAGGUAAAAAGCAGCAAACUGGAGGAAGGAAAGGUAGUCACUUGCGCUCUCACAGCUGGGCUUCUUAACAGUAACCAUGAAGUUCGCUCAUUUUUUGAUGAAAAACAGCUCGGUGGCCAGCAUACCCAAGCAAGUGGAGAGAUUUUCCAAAUUCUCUCCAUCGCCUUUGUCAAUGAAGCAAUUCAUUGACUUCGGCUCGGCCAAUGCGUGUGAGAAGACCUCCUUUGUGUUCUUGCGGCAGGAGCUCCCUGUCAGGCUGGCUAACAUCAUGAAGGAAAUUGAUUUCCUCCCGGACAAGCUCCUCAGCACUCCUUCCCUAAAACUCCUCACCAGUUGGUAUUCACAGAGUUUGUUGGAGCUUAUAGAGUUUUUAGAGAAAGAUCCAGACGAUAAGGACGUCUUGACUAACUUCACACAGAAUCUGAUUACAAUCCGUAAUCGGCACAACAAUGUGGUGCCCACAAUGGCUCAGGGUGUGGUGGAGUACAAGGAGGCCUUUGGCGUGGACCCCGUGACCAAUCAGAACGUCCAGUACUUUCUCGACCGCUUCUACAUGAGUCGCAUCUCCACACGCAUGCUCAUGAACCAGCACACUUUAAUCUUCGACGGCAGUGUGAACCCGGCCCACCCCAAGCAUAUCGGUAGCAUUGAUCCCACCUGUGAUGUGGGGGAGGUUGUAAAAGAUGCAUAUGAAACGUCAAAGAUGCUGUGUGAGCAGUAUUACCUGACCUCCCCUGAAAUGGAAAUCUCACAAGUAAAUUCCAAGAACCCUGACCAGCCCCUCCACAUUGUUUAUGUGCCAUCGCACCUCUACCAUAUGCUGUUUGAGCUCUUCAAGAACGCCAUGCGAGCUACAGUAGAGACCCACGAGUCAAGUUUAGUUUUGCCUGCCAUCAAAGUACGAGUCUCACUGGGCACUGAGGACCUGACUAUCAAGAUGUCUGACAGAGGAGGAGGAGUCCCACUGAGGAAGAUUGAGCGUCUCUUCAGCUACAUGUACUCCACAGCUCCCAGUCCUGUACAUAUUGACAACGCUCGUAAUGCCCCCCUGGCGGGUUUCGGUUAUGGCCUCCCCAUCUCCCGUCUGUAUGCUAAGUAUUUCCAAGGAGACCUACAGCUCUAUUCGAUGGAGGGCUAUGGAACCUCAGCUGUCAUAUACUUGAAGGCCCUGUCCUCGGAGUCGGUGGAGAGGCUGCCCGUGUUCAACAAGUCAGCCUUGCGCCACUACCAGGCCACCAUAGAGGCCGACGACUGGUGCAUGCCCAGCAAGGAGCCAAAAAAGCUGGGCAGAAGCGAGAGGACACACUCAUAAUGGACUGAAGGAGGUAGUGGCGAAAAUAAUGGGAAAAUAGGACUGAAAAAAUAGAAGAAACAAGAGUUUGGCCAGUUCCAGUCAGAAGGUGACAUAAUUUCAAUUGAUCCUGAGACCAUGACUUUGCAGAUUUCCUGAGUGUGCAUUUGCCACUAUCCAGUUUUAGUUAUUUAAUUUUUAUAACAUUUUUACCCCAUGAAACUAACAGGUUAGCUGUGUUGAAUUAUGCUUUUUCAUUAAAAAAAAAUCUAUAAUGUUUCUGGAGACUUGCACAUUAUCUAUGGCCUUUUUAAAUUUACAACACAGAUUCAUUGAAUUUGUAGGUCGUGCAGAAAGAAGUUAUAAAACAAAUACUGUGUUAAAGGUGCUAUUUGUAAAAUCCAGUGUCACAUCACUUUAGUAUCCACUUAGUAAAACAGGUCAUAGGAUCCUUUUUCAUUUUUUGUACAUAAUCUUUUACAGUUACCUUUUUAUUUAGUGACAGUUUUUGAAAGUAUUGACUUCUUCUUUAUUGCAACAGCAAUAAAAACAGGCACCUCAGCCUGUUUUUAUGGUAAAGGGACCGACUGAUACUACCUAGCUUUUUACAAUUAGCAUCUUUAAUUAAGUUAUCAUAGCUAACACUCUUCCUACUGUUUGGGAGCAACAUUUCUUAGACGCAGGUGAUAGCUGUUUUACAUACAAAAGCAAAAAAAAAAAAAGGACAAGUGAAUGUUAUUUAAUUUUAAAAUAAGAUAUAACACUCUAAAAGAAGACAUUUUUACCUCUAGCUAUAUACACUCUGUUUCCUGUCAAAUGAUCUUCCAACUGUUGGACAUUGAGGUCGUAUGAAUGUCAACACUAAAAAGCCUAUUCCAAACAGAACCGCUCCUCCAGUAUUUUACCAUGGUUCUGUCCACUUGAUUUCAUCUUAUUUGCCUUUAUCUGCUUAGUCACUAUCUCUGUCAUGUGUUUGCUGCUGAGCUAGUUCAGGUCCUCAUUGUGGGCCAACUCAUUAACAAUCCAAACAAAGAAAACAAAUAUUACGACUGAUGAAUGUCAACUGAGAUGUGCCAUAUUUUAGUAUUUCAAAUUUUUAACAAUGUCAGCAAAUAGGACCCGUCCUGAACUGAAGCCAACUGAAAUAGUUGCAUGAAUAUACUCCAUGAAUGUUCAUUUCCGUAUGGAAAAAGUAGAUGUGCUUGUUUGAAAUGAGUACUGUUAUGUAUAUGAAGAUGUUUGAGCAACUGGAGGAGGAGAGAUGUAAUAUUUGCGCAUGAACACUUUCUUGCUGUAGCGAGAAGAAGGUGCUAUGUAAUAACAAAUGACCUUUGGAACUAACCUGCAUAUACUGUAUGCUGACGAACAUCACUUUACAUAUUAUGCAAGCUGUAUGGCUCUAUUAGAUAUUGCCUUUAAUAUCUUUAAAGCAUCCCCACACACUAUUCAUACUGUUUUACCUCUCAACCAUUUGUCAAGUUGAUCCCUGUAUUAAUUUCAUGUCAUUUACGUACAUUUCCUCUUAACUAAAGGUUUCCAUUUCACAUUGUAGUAUUGUCAUUCCCAUCAUGAUAUGGUUCAACACUAACCCCAAAAAAUAAAAUAGCAAACCUCAGAAAAUACCACAAAAAAAAAAAUACACCACUGCUCCAAAGCGUUGUUCUUUCCUUCAGCAGAUUUGUACACAGUUUGGUUACAAGAUAAAACAAACAUUUAAUAGAGCUACAUGCCAUCACAGUGUGUAUUAGGGAACAUGCAGCAGACACAGUCCACUGGCUCUGUUUGCCCCCUUCAUUAGUGUGCCCUGAUGACCCAACCUGGUUAUGUUCACAUCAAUUAUUUGCAUAAUAGCGCCACCCAGAUAAUGUUCUGUCUGCUGUAGUCUAGACCACAAGUAUGUCAGCAUACAGAAAUUGCCCCAAGGGCCCCACCACAAGCACAGGGGGUGCACUAGUACCGUUUUGAAGAUGUUUUUUCUUUUACAUGUUCUUUUACAUCUGGGAGGAGUUUUGGUACAGGUACCUCAUUGGUUCCUUUCAAAAGCUUUGAUGAAAUGCAAUAACGUAAACAUAAUAUGACACCCAAAAAUAUGAACAGAAAAUACAUUAUAUAUAGAAU